UCUCCUCGGAGAUAUCCCCUGACAGGAGUGGUGGGCCUGUUUAGUAUUAAUCUCUCCGGAGAUAUCCCCUGACAGGAGUGGUGGGCCUGUUGAGUAUCAAUCUCUCCGGAGAUAUCCCCUUCAUGGCCAUGGGCCCCAUGUUGUAUCACCUGUGCCCUGGACUGUUCCCAGAUGAACAGGUUCUUUCUGUUCUUAGGACCCUGUUCUGAGAUAUCCUAGUUAUGGGCAGCUAUCUCUACGCGGUGCUGGGGACUAGUACUUGCCAGAGUAUAUUUACUUGUUAUGAUGUAAGGAAGCCAAGAUCUGCUCGCGCCAUGCUGUCGGUUCUUUCCAGCAUUGGUGCAAUAUUGUGUAUCACAGGCGGAAUUGAGGCCUGUAUGGAACGGAGGUCCGUAUCUGUCAAUGCCCGCUGCCAGUCAUGUACAAUAUUUAGCUUAGAUUUUGUGGUACAAUGUAUA